GACCGUCGCAAACGUCCGUCCGCCUUCCCGGAUCCUGCUGUGGCUGCCAGGCACACGACACCAAAGCGCCCUCCCCCAGCACCCCCGGCCUCUGCUGGCGACCCUGCCUUUGCGCUGCAUGCCUCUUUGACUGUCUGACUGUCUGACUGCCCCAAUUGACUGCCAUGCGCCACCCGUCCUUCACUGCCCUGGGCCUGCUGCUGCUCGCGCCCUCCCUCACCACCGCCGCCCCGCGCGACCAUGUCCAUCCCCCAUACGACGCCGCGCAGGCCACACCCCACAGCACCGUCCACCGCCCCUGGCGUGCACUGUCCGACGUCAUCAUCAGGAAGAUAUGGGCACUGCCCGAGAAGCAGACGAGCUUGCGCGCAGGCCCCGACGGCACACAGAACGCCCACGUCCCAGGCGACCAGCUCGUCGCGCAAUAUGGUGACGACGUCGUCUUGAGGUUCCGCAUCCGCACUGCAGAAGAAGCCUCAGCCCUCGCAGAGGCAGCCGACACCCUCUUCCUCGAUGUGUGGGAGUUCACCGAGGACUGGGCCGACAUACGCAUAGCCAAGGACGUGCUGCCCUCGCUGCUCGGGCUGCUGCCUUCAUCGCUGCACACGUCCCACGAACCCUUGAUGCAGGACCUCGCCCUCACCCAGGCCAUCUUCAACUCCUACCCCUCGCCGUCCGUCACACAAUCACACCAAGGCGACCGCUUCAGCCUCCAUGUCAAGGCCUCCUCCGCCAAAGGCAGGGGCCACCCCUUCUUCCAGGACUACCAGCCUCUGUCUGUCAUCCACCCAUGGAUGAGUCUCAUGUCUUCCAUGUUCACCACGCACGUGCGCCAGAUCAACGUCGGCGUCAGCUACGAAGGGCGCGACAUCUCUGCCUUGCGCAUUGGUGUGCAUCCUACAAACAACGAAAAGCCAUCCAAACCUCGCCGGACAGUCAUUGUCACGGGUGGAUCCCAUGCACGUGAAUGGAUCUCGACCAGCACCGUCAACUACCUGGCAUGGAGUCUGAUCAACUCGUACGGCAAAGACCGCGAGGUCACACACCUGUUGGAAGAGUUUGACUUUGUGCUCGUCCCUACACUGAACCCUGACGGCUACGUCUACUCGUGGGAGACUGACCGACUGUGGAGAAAGAACCGUCAGCCGACCAGUCUGCGUUUCUGCCGCGGUGUGGACCUUGACCGCAGUUAUCCGUACAAGUGGGACGGUGACACCAGCCGCACCAACCCCUGCAGUGAAUCCUUCGCGGGAGACGCGCCAUUUGACGGCGUCGAAGCCCAGCGCUUUGCUGACUGGGCCAAGAAUGAGACAGAGAACAACAACGUCGAAUUUGUUGGCUUCUUGGAUCUGCACUCUUACUCGCAGCAAAUCCUCUACCCGUACUCGUACUCCUGCUCCGACGAGCCGCCUGCCAUCGAAGACCUCGAGGAGCUGGGUCUCGGCCUUGCCAAAGCAAUUCGCGUGGCGCACAAGGGCCAUGCUUACAAAGUCACGUCUGCCUGCGAGGGCAACGUCGCCAUGUCCAAGGACGCCAAGCGGACUGUGUUCCCACGCAUUGAGUCGAGCGGCGGUAGCGCAUUGGACUGGUUUUACCACGAGCUGAAGGUCAAAUACUCAUAUCAAAUCAAACUCCGCGAUACCGGUAGUUACGGGUUCUUGUUGCCCAAGGAGAACAUCGUGCCGACGGGUGAGGAGAUGGUGGAUGCCAUUAUGUAUUUUGGUCGUUUUAUGCUGGGACAGGUGGGACUUGGCGUCAACGGACAGGAUGUCGAGGUCGAAGUCGAGGAAUCCACGGACGUGAAAAUUGAUAUUAGUGAGGUGAAAGAGUCCAUUGAGCUGUAGGCGGACGCGAAUUGUUCUUGUAGUACCCUUGUAAUGAACAUUUCUUUACCUUUUCUGCACAUUCCG